CCAAGCCGCCAUGAAAGAUUCACAAAUGCCUCUCUCACCACCACCACGAAGUGACCUAGAUCAUGCUGAUAACUCCACAACAGACAUCCCUCAUGAUCUCAUCGUUGAGAUACUCUCUCGGCUACCAGUAAAACCCCUCAUGCGAUUCCAAUCAGUCUCAAAGCUGUGGUUCUCUGCCAUCCGCACCAAAAACUUCGUUGACUCGUUCCUGACUAGGUCAAAAACUAAGCCUCGUCUCCUUUUGCCUUUCAUGCACUUAGACCCCACAAAACGUUUCAUAUUAUCCGCUCCUGAACACAAUAGCAAGGAGGAUGUCGACAAGUCCUCAUCCACAGUCACUCUCAGACACUACAUGACGAUCUCGGAUCCCGUCUACUACACCAUGUCCCGACCCGUGAACGGUCUGAUUUGUUGCAUGCGUGAUGGAUCGAUCGCAGUCUGUAAUCCGGCCACUAGACAAAUUGUGAAACUGCCAGAUGUUACACGCAACAGAAGAUGCAUACAUGCAUUUCUUGGCUAUGAUCCAGUCGAAGAUCAAUACAAAGUGUUGUGUGUCAUGAUGACGAGAUUCGAUUGGUCCCGCCCUCACGAACAAGAUAUCCAACAGGAGCAUUUAGUUUGCACAGAGACAUCAUCUGAGAAACAAGAGUGGAGAAAGAUUGAGAACAUCACCAUAGAUAUUUAUCGUACCGUCAUCGGCGGAGGGAUGUGCAUUGCUGGCGCUAUAUACUACGAAGUUCGACAGUCAAGGAUAGUUAGAUUCGAUGUAAGAACUGAGACUAUUAUGUUAAUUAAAGCACCUGAAGAGUCAAAUUUCUCGAGAACAUUCCCUUCCAGUCUUUUAAAUUACAAUGGAAAAUUGGGAGGUGUAGAGUAUGAUUACAAAAGCGUUAUGAGAUUGUGGAUUCUUGAGGAUGCUGAGAAGCAGGAAUGGUCGAGCAUGACGUCUGUGUUGCCUUCUCAAUUAAAAUGUUUCCUUGGGAGUCACGUAGUGUCUAAAGGAGAUGUUCCUACCGGCGAUCUUAUGGUGUUUUAUCCAUGGUCAUGGUCAUGGUCAUCUAAGCCAUUUUGUGUUUGCUAUUAUGAUUUUAAGAAAGAGAGUAUAAUAAGAAAAGUCGAGGUAGUGGUGGAUGGUGAUUUAAGACGUAUCCAUGGGAUCGGUGAGAAAAAAUGUCAGUUCGGAUGUUAUCCAGGUUACUUUGAGAAUAUUAGGUUUUUGUGA